AUGGUGGGCGGUCCCAUUGAUAUUAACUUAAGUGGUAGACCAUCUUUGUUAAUAAGUAAUCGCAUGGGAAACCUGCGUGUACCUGAGCGCAAUGCUGGUGAAGACCUCGACGCUUACUAUCGUCGAAGCGUUCCAUUAAGUAACGUUCGCAACUAUACUUCAUUAGCUCGGUUAACACCUUCCGAGCGGAUAGAAGGUCAAGUUAAUUUGUUAGGGGAGUAUCCAUCUCCUGUCAACUUACGCUACCCAAUGUGUCACCUUCGCGACGAAGUCGCUUGUGCCUAUGAAGUUACUAGCGACUAUGCUGGUAUCACUCCAUUUAAUCCUAAUGAAGUGUUGGCAAGAUUACCGGAAGAGACGCAGAAUGAUGAAGAGGUUAAAGAAGCAAUAGACAAGGCAUUCGAAUCAAUCAUAACUGAAACGAACAAUUUGCCCGCAUCUGAUAAUGAUCAAGAACAGCGUAAUGAUUGGCGUCAUAUAGAAGUUGAAAAAAUACCCGUUGUGCUAUCAGAAGAUUUACAAUUGUAUGAAGAAAUAGUAAUGCCAUGGUGCGGACCUACAGAUUUGGAAGGAACAAAUGUGACAGAAGAAACAAAUCUGAUAGAAAUUGAAAAUGAACACGCCAGUACUAGCACUACAAAUGAGCCGAACAUUAUUAUUAAUAGUAAUACAAAAAUACCUUUAGAACAAUUAACAAAACUUUUUCCGAAAAAUCCAACAAAGCAGACUUUGAAACCAGUAGCCAUAAACCAAAAAAUAAAUGUAACUAAGAAAAAGAAUUACUGUAAUGACAGUUAUGAAAUCUUAAAGAUUCUAGAGAAUGAGUCGUCGAUACCGCCAACUGAUGUACAUUUACAAGAUGUUCCUAUGCCUACGAUAUCUGCGCCAAAACCAGUUGUUGAUUCUGAAGCCAACAUAUAUGUAAUGUCCGAUUUUUUCCAUAACAAUAGUAAUUGUAAUAUAGUAAUAUUACCAUACCUAUACCCCAAAUCGCAGCAAUCGCAAGAUUCAGAUAUGCAGCACAGCAGUAUUCAAUCUAUAACAGAAGAUCCUGGCCCCUCACGCACACCUCGAACAUCAGUUCCAAUUUUUUCAAGAAACUUAAAGGUUAUAAUUAACAUGCCGCGAGUUUAUGUCAGAAAAACGGAAACCAGGUACACAUUACAGGAUAUUUAUAGCGCUGUUAAAGAUGUUGAAGAAAAAAGGAAAACAUACAGCCUGUCUGUAGCGGUUACAUAA